AGUAGUGUUUGCAAGUGGAAAUAAAACCCUUCUACUUAUUCUCACAUUGAUCAAUUCUUAAAAUUUGUUCAUAUUCUUCAAUAUGGCAAUUGAUGAGGUGGUUCUGCUUGAUUUUUGGUCGAGCCCUUUUGGUUUGAGGGCAAGGAUUACACUUGCUGAAAAGGGUAUUAAGUAUGAGUACAAAGAAGAAGACCUGAGGAAUAAGAGCAGUCUUCUCCUUGAGAUGAACCCGGUUCACAAGAAAAUACCGGUUCUCAUCCACAAUGGGAAAUCUAUUUGUGAGUCUCUUAAUAUUGUUCAAUAUAUUGAUGAAGUGUGGAGUGAUAGAUCUCCUUUGUUGCCUUCUGAUCCUUAUCAAAGAGCUCAGGCUAGAUUUUGGGCUGACUAUGUUGACAAGAAGGUUUUCCCUGCUCAGAAGAAGUUAGCUUUUGCGACAAAAGAAGAAAAAGAAUCUGCAGAGAAAGAAUUCUUGGAUGCCCUUAAAUUGUUGGAGGAGCAAUUGGGUGACAAGGAUUAUUUUGGAGGAGACAAGUUUGAUUUUGUGGACAUAGCAUUUGCUCCAUACUAUAGUUUUUUCAAAAUUUACGAGAUUGUUGGGAACUUCAAAAUGGAAGAAGAGUUCCCUAAGAUUUGUGCUUGGGCGAAGAGGUGCAUGCAAAAGGAAAGUGUUUCCAUGUCUCUCCCUGACUCGCAAAAGGUCCUUGAGUUUUUUAUGGAGAUGAGGAAGAACUUCUUAGGAACAGAGUAGGUUUGAGGACCUAAUGGUCAUAAAACAAGUUUGCUUGCUUCACUUUUCAAUUGUUUCUGUAAUAACAACCCAUAAAAGGUAAAUAAAAGUUUAUCUAAUAAAAUGGCACUUAGAUGGUUGGAGCCCUGGUUUAAGUGGCACAUCAUGUGCUUCCCAAACAACUAUAUUUGAGUUUGAACUUAGCUGAAGUCAGAAGUGGAAAAUAAUCCAUGUAGUAUGUGUGUGUAUAAUGUGAGUGUGUUGUGUAGUAUUUAAGAAUUCAUAGUAACUUCUAUUUUAAUAAUACUAUUUUUAUA